CGCCCUCGCCUGGGAAGGCAACGCCACAGCGGCGUCCAAAAUGUCGAUAUUUCUUUUACCUCGAAAACCCUUCAGAACAAAGAACACUCAUUUAUAACUAGGUCCAGUCCAAGGUAUUGUGCCACUGUUGUAAAGACGAACUUGUAUCUACCCUGAGGAAAGGAUAUCGUUCUGAAGCCACUCAUUUAUCGCGGCAAAAACGCGAACGCGAUCCCCAAGGCGCGAAAUCCAGAGGGCGCUAGCACAAAUAAACUGUGGCACAUGGGUAAAGUCGGUCCUCUUUUAAUGCAAAUGAUCUACAUAUUUCGGCGCCUUUCAGUGGUCUGAUUGUUUUAUGCUGUAGGUGAACAACUGCUGCAAACAAGGUAGUUAACAGUUCAUCGGUUGCCCUUCAGUCUGAGUUAUUAGUUCCGUUUUAUAGUGGCGGUUCAGUGAUCACCCGUUGCGAUGUCGGAGCCCAAAAUAUCUCCGAGUGAUCCGCUGAAGCUUUGGUACAGCAUAAAGGGCGAUGUCAGGACAGCAAAGAGUGUUGCCUUGGAGUCACUGACACUGCAGUCUGUCGACCACUCUGUUUAUGUCAUGUUGCAGAUGAACUGCGACUUCAUCAAAAAGUUUGAGUUUCUGAACAUUUCAGAAAUAAUAGUCACAAAUCUGCGAAAUGGCAUGAGCCUGAUGGAGAUCUCGGAUUGCUUGAGAAUUCUUGCAAAAUAUGCCAAAGAGAUGUUGAAGCCUACAAAAGAACGGUACAAGCACUGGAAUAAGAUCCCCUUUAUGAAAGCAGGUGCCCCGCAGAAGUGGACCAGGAUGGAUGGCACAAAGACAAUUCUCAAACAACUUGGCUAUACACAGGAGACAUCAAAAGGUUACAUUUUUCCACUGCAUUCAUUUGGGCCGCCCUUGAAUGUGAUCAAGAGCCUCUCAUUGGAACUGGCCCUGGCUGCUGCAGAGCUGUCAGUCUUCUACAACAACCACCAUCCCCACCCAGAGUAUAUACGUAACAUUAUGUGUCCUGGCGGGUCCCUUCUGCCUUCGGCUUCAAGCACUGAGCGCAGAGAGUUCAAUGUUAUGGAUCUUCUUGCAGAAGUGGGAAAUUCGGCCAACCUGAGGGACCUGACUCAAGCACCCAUUCCCGCACAGAACCUGAUGAGCCCAUCACCGCACAAAGGCCGUGGCAGGCCCCCAGCAGUGACGCGGGCAUCAGAGGUGGUGGCUAACUGUGCUGCAGCAUGCAACUGCCAUGCCUACUAUGACAGCUACAAUGCCCAGCCGCAGCAGUUGCCGGCACACCAGCAACCACUGCACCUGCAGACUCCUGCCCAUCUUCAGCCAGCCCACCAGCAGCAGCAGGAGCUGCAGCGACAUCAGCAAGAAAUUCAGCGACACCAGCAGGAGCUACAGCAACAGGAAAUGCAGCAGCAACAGCAGCAACAACAGCAGCAGCAGCAGCAGCAGCAGCAGCAACAACAACAGCAGCAGCAGCAGGCAGACCAGCAGGCCCAACAGCAAUCGCAGCAACAGCAGCAGCCACAGCAACAGGCACAGCAGCAGCAAGCACCUCAGCAGCCUCAGCAAGACAUUCAGCAACAGCAACAACAGCAGCAACAACCUCCCCCACCACCACGGGAGUCCCAGCCAUGAGGGGACGCAAGGAAGGUGUCAUUGAUUUAUGCACCUCCUUUCAUUUCUUUCGUUCAGUUUUACUGUUUGUAGCUGAGGGCAAGUUGUCUCUAAUCAUUGUCAAUCUUGGAAAACAUUUUCGGAAUUUUUUUAUUCUAGUGAAGGCAUGCUAGAUGCUAAAUGCCAUCAAGAGGUAAAGCAUUGAGGACCUUGCCUUCAUGCUAAUAAAAGUUUGGGCUUAGUCUUUUUUUUUUUGUUUAGGGGUUGAUUGCUCUAACUUUUGAUUGUCUUGGAGGAUUAUCUUUUUUGGUGACCUUCGGGUAACAAUAACAAAUGGCAUUCAUUGUCUGCACUGAGAUUCAUACAACGAAUUUACUUUUUUCUUUUAUAUGUUGUGUUUUCCAAGAUUGAUACUUUUUCUUUUCUUUUUUUAUACUAAUUAGGGGUGCCGGUUCAUAGUCAUAUUCGGUAAGCCAGGGCCUGACAUAUCCUUUGUUUUUUUCUGUUGAAGAUGCCUUUUUGGCGAGCCUAAACAAAACUGACUUGUAUUGUCCAUUGUUUGAAUGUUAUUUCAUUUGCAAGUAAAGCAAGGCUACUUAAGGCCACUCUGUCCUUUAUUCUGCUGCUUUCCAGCAGUCUAGCAUUAAUGGAAGUUUUUAUUUAGCAUGCAUGUAUCUGAGUUUUAGACGUUGAAUGUACAUAGCACUGUAGUUGCUACUCCAAGCAAUACUUAAUUGUGUUUGGCUUAACUAUUGUUUCCUUUUUUUAUGGUGGAAAAGUUGAUUCUUUGGUGCAUCUGCUGUUCAGUACAUGUGUGAUCUUAAAGCAGAAAAUUGUGUGUGGAUAACGAGACAUUCAAAGUUUGGGGACCCAAAUUACUUGUUCUAUGAUCACUUCAGAAAUAUUGUAGCGAAAAAUCGGCAAGUCUGUGAACACUCCUUUUUCUGUCACAGUGGCUUCAUCGUAGCCAUUUAGUAUUGCUGAUUGGAUGUGUAAAAGUCUUUUUUGUCUGGUGAAUGGUGUGAACAUUGCUUCAGCAUAAAUCAAAAUAGUAGUUCCUACAGAAAACGACACAUUCACUUGGUUUUCAAUUGUGUAGUGCCUGUGUGAAGAAUUAAUUGCUAGAAGGGCCCACUGUUAUAGUGGCUGGUUAUUACAUUCAACUUGCAAGUUACUGUACUUUUUAUGCCUUCUUUUCUUUGUGGCUCUAUCAGUAAACUUUCCUGGUUUCAUCUUGCUCAGAUAAAUUUGGUACGUGCAACCAUAUUCACGCUGUGUAGCCUGAAUGGCUGGUUUAUCCGAGCCUGUGUGCUCACCAUUGCAGCCUAGCUUUUGGAAGGGGUGUACUUUAAAAGCAGCAGACAGCGUUUCGGUGGAAUGGAAAAAGCCUUGCUUGCUCUUCGUGCUUACUUACAUUUACCGAGCGGCUGCGUGUUUUGUUCUUGUCAAGAAUAUUGUAUAGUGUGGUUCGGCAAGAGAGCUUGUAUGCAAGGUUACUGGUCUAUUAAUACUAGGCUAUUUGUUCCUUUACAAAUUCUAUGCCUUUAUUGGCAAGCAAGGGAAAGUAAAUGAAAUUGGCCAAUUCUGGAAGAAGUCAUAAUAAAGUAAAAGUAGGCAUUGAGUUCGCCCUUCCUAGAAGCCAAAAGUGCCACUGAAUAGAAUAUUUUCACAUUGGAAGGAUCCUAAACAUACUUGGGAAAAAUUACAGGAAUGAUGGUUACAUCAGCCCAGCAUGGUGGCUGUAAAAUGAAUACGAACAGAGUUGGGGAAAUCAACUGUUCCUUCGAGAUGCACUUGGGGUUGAAUAGACAGUCCUGCUUAGGCAGCCAUGCAGCUAAAUACAUGUUAGAAGAUUGAGCAUUAUGUCUUAGGAAUUUUAUGUCAUGCCUUUCUUUGUUAGAGGUCUGUUGUCUUACUUUGGUUUUGUAAUGUAAUGCUUGAUGUGUGAUACAUGUCCUCUUGUCCGUUUGCUUAAAGAUCCAAAAUCAAAAAGCGUGUAAUGUGUUUUCUCCAUGUCUGCCCUCACAUAUUGCGUUUUUUCACAAGUGCUAAAGUAGUGUUUCAUAUGUGAGGAGCUCACUAUUUGUCCUUGUUUUCUCUUGUACACAGUUCUCUCUUUUGUUUCUGAAUGUAAAAGCCUAGUGUUGUUUUAGUGUAUUAUACGUGCAUGCAGCUUUUUGUGUUGUGGUCUUAUGAUGCUACAGUGCAUAUACAUUUUUUAGUGUUCGCUUCACUUACAUGUCUCAUGCUUGUACAUUCCAUCUGUGAACUUUUUGUCUUUGUGCACACAAAGUUUAAAAUUCGUUAAAAAGAAACAAUCUGCACUGCACUAUGAUAGGCUCUGACAUGCCAGGUCAUCUGGCUGAUGUAAUAUGACAUCUUAAUUAAGAUGUUUUUAUAUAUGUAUGUAUGUAUACUGUGAACAGCAGUUAAAAGUAAGAAAUGGUAGAAAAUAUUGGUUUGUUCAUUUGAGACGAUCACCACCUAUGCCACUUUUCUGAGGCUCUUGAAGUCUGAGGCAUGUGCCUAUUUGAGUCGGGGCAAUUCUUUGGGCUGUACAGAAUCUUGUGUAGUAAUUGAAGGAGGAAAAGUGGGUGUGAAAUAGCGAGCAGCGCAGGAAUGGAUGAGUGGUCUUCAAAACUCCAGGCAGUGCAGUUACAUUAGCUCAAAAAGAAGCAGAGGCUAAGCAAUGGGCAGAAUGUGCCUGUCCAGAGGACUUAAAUAUUGUAGGAGGUUUUUGCAGCUCAGGGGGUUGAGAGCAUGGUCAAGUGACUGGACUCGAUACUGAUUGUGAGCUUGAGACUGCUGUUCACAGUAAUUGAGUUAAGGGGAUGAAAGAGUAAGUGGAGCUUGUUUUUUUUUUUUUUUUUUCCUUUCUUUUUCAAUCACAGUAGCCUGAUCAUACAUUAUGCUUUCAUCAUCGCCCUCAUCUAAAGUUAAUUUGACUCUCGACUUUUACUGAGCGCUACAUUGUAGUUUUCUUCCGAGAUUGCAGUGUAGUGUAGUACAGGUGUAGUGUACAGGUAAUUUUCACAUAUUUUCAUGAGCAUUGGCACAUUGACUACUAUUAUUACAAAACUAUCACAUUACUGGUCUCAGCAUUGAGGCAACUUUGCUAUUUACAGUUUGGCUGUAAGCAUUGCAUUCUGGGCUGUACAGGGAACCUCCAUUAAAGUGAGGCUGUCAAGAAAAGAAAAGUAGUAUUCUGAUGGAAGUAGAGGAGCUGUGACAUACCCAUCGAUAACCUUGUGGGAUGCACAACCUUGUGGAUGCACUCCAACAUAGUGCGAGCACUUUGAACAGACACAGCAUUGACUAAUUCUUUGACCAUGGCAUAAUUUCUGUUCACAAGUUAAGCAGUUUUCGUCAUGUUCGAGGCAAAAUAAAGAAGGUAACAAGGAAACUUGUGAUAUAAACUAUGCUUAGAGCUGUGCUUACUACAGAAGUUUCCUGUGCACGCCUUAUCGCUUCCAGAAGUCCUUAGGGGGUGGGGAGGUGCAGCUGGUAUGGGUGUAGGCGAAGGUUAUGCAGAAAGGUCCAUUAACUUGUUUUAAUACAGCUCAUCUUAUCUGUUUUCAACUGUCCUGGCAGUGCUCCUGUUCGCUGCCGUUUAGCUGUCUGUUCUUAGUUAUUGCGUGACUCGGGCCAAAGAAACGUGACGUAGCAUUGCAUUCUGGUCUUCACUUUUUUGUUUACGUUUCUUGAGUGGAACAAGGGAGAGCAAAAGACCAGUGUGUAUGUAUUUGUGUGUGGGGCCCAGGUGUAUUGCUUGCACAUCCUUUGUACCUAGUGUAAUAUGUUGCCACUGCACACUAUGUGCCGAUGUGAGAGGGAAAACUUAUUCCUUGUUUAUGUAACGUGCAGAGAUGCACUUCUUGCUAUCUGCACCAUGGUUUUUGUGAUGAAAAAUCUGUCUCAUGGUACUUUUCUGAUUUCAAUGCAAGAAUCAGGAAUAUUACAGGUUUUCAAUGCAAAUCUUGUCUUUUCUUUCAUAUUGGGGAUGAAUUUUCGUUAAAUAAUAUGGCCUAAAGGGCAUACAAACAUGACAAACUGAAUAAAAUGGUACUUUGGAUUAAAUUUUGUCACAAAUGAAGGGUUACUGUACAAUAAAGAAUAGCCUGUAUUAACAGUCUAGCAUUCUACAUAGUGAUACAACUUGGGACAGCACAACUGUGCUGUUAAAAUUAAAAAAUUGGAACCAAUGCCCUUCAUGUUUCUUGCAUAAAAUGUAUUUAAAAGUGCUCAGUGCUAUAACACUUUCUUUUGUAUGGCAAUAGCAUUGAUAAUGCUGUUUGUAUUGCAAUGGAUUGUGAAAGAGUGUAUUGAACACUUGAUAAUGGUUGCCUUUCUAUAUUUAGUGGCCGUUUGCUGCUUCUGUGUAGUAAAGAACCAUAUGCACAACAAAAGCUUGCAUGAAGAAAUUCUACAGUAAUCUGGCUUACAAUGUUAUCCGUGCCUCCCUGCAUGCAGUAUUUGUUUGCAUAAUAUGAAAGCCACUCACUCUCACUUUUUUCUUUUUCUGGAUAAUUAAAAUAGAUAAGUUAUUUCUAAUGUUGAUAGCUUAAUGUCAGUGAUUUUAUUGGCAUCUUAAAAACCAUGCUGAAGAAAAGUGGUGCUGUGUGUAAGUUGCAUUUUUGCAAUCAGUAUUUAAAACUAUAAGGGGGACGGGAAUUGCUGUGGCAGUGUGCAUAUAAUGCACAAAUUUUGGGGCUAAGGUUGCUGUCUUUUCACAGUUCACGCAAAGCUUUAAAUGCUCGAGUGUGUCAUUUGUUUUUAAGCAAGAAGGUAAUGCUUUGACCUUGGUGGUGCCUGCCGGAGCUAGUAUUCAUUUAUUAUGCUGCGAGAGGUUUCUUUGUGUGUGUGUGUGUGUGUGUGUGUGUGUGUGUGUGUGUGUGUGUGUGUGUGUGUGUGUGUGCGCGUGCGUGGGUGCAUGCAUGUACGUGUGUGUUAAUUAUUGUGCUGUAAGUAAGCAAUAUCAUUGUGCCCUCUGUAAUGGCUCAGUAAACUUUUAUUUUCGUGGCCAAGUAACUUAGAAGCAUUUAUGUUUAUUCCCCUUGAGCUUAUAUUGCUCUGUUUAAAUACAGGCAUUGCAAGGUAAAAGUUCCAGCCUGAAUGAAACACGAGUGCUUUUUCUUGUUUUACUGCAGUUGGAAUUUAGCAGUGUGUGUGACUUUGAUGUUCUUUGCUGAAUAUUGCAGUAGUAGUUAGUCAUAGUAUAAUAUCAGCUAAGAAGGUUUUAAAUUUUGCUUGAAGUACAGAGAAUGACUGUAGUGAGGCUAUUGUGGUGGGAUUACUGUUUGCUGUAAGCUUGCCUGUGCUUGCCUAUUUACCAUUGAUGCCUGCAGGAAUGAUUUUUUCAUGUGACACCGUUUUUGUUGCUAAACUUGCUGCUGCUCCUUUCAGACACAUUGUGUCGCACACUAGUUUGUGUGUAUGCUUACAUUAGUUUUUAGUUUAUGGCGCACAGAAACUCAUUUGGUGGUCAUAUUCAUAUAAAGAGCAAGUGUGACUUCAAGUGCUUGCUUUUGUAAAAGUUGCAAAAUGUUAUUGCACUUUGCUUAUGCUAUGGUAAUCUCUGUGCUAUUGGUAUUGCCAUGAAACUAUCUGAUAAGCAAAGCGUAUUCAGUAUACCAGUUGUUCAGAUUGUGGCUGUCUUAUUCUUUUGCAGAUGACCUCUGUAAAACUCUACCAGAUGCUGCUGGAUGUGGCACAGAGGUGCACUUCAUGCACAUUAUAUUCUUUUUUGUUUUUAAGGCUACCACAAGCGCCCCUUUGAAGGUUUUUGCAAAAGUUUACUCUUAGCUUGUAUAGGUGCACUAAAGGCCUUCUGGGUGUAGUUGAAUUUGCAAGCAAACAACAAAUGUUAUUGCUUCGCUCGGAACAAAGGCACUCUGUAGAGGGUGUUAUAGUCAUCUUUAUACUCAUUGCUUCAUGGCUAUUGCACAGUGUGCAAAUAUCCAUAGAGAAGCACAUGCCAAGUUCUGUCCUGUUAUAGUCGCUGCGAGGGCUUCUCAAUGCAGUAUGGUCCUUAUUUUUUUCCCCCCAAAUGGUGUUAUCAGAACUUGCUCCCCUAUCUUCACUAUGCUGUUUUCUUCUUCCUCCCACAUAGUGCAUGCUAGAGUUGAGCAGCAUGUGGCUGAUGGAGCCUUCUAGUCUAUUGAAAAAACAGCUAUCUUACUUCUUUCACUAUAAACAUUUAUGCCGGUUAAAUCUGGACUUUCUAACCUAAAACUGUGUAAUCCGUAUUGUAAAAGCAAGUGUACUGUGAUAGCGACGUGAACAAUUGGCACAUUUUAGAUGAUUGCAUUUCUUUUUUUAUGUUGAGAUCUCAAAAACAUUUUCCUUUGAUUUCUAGUCGUAUUGCGUUUUUUUUUUCUUCAACUUCAUAUAAGUGGUACUGUCACAUUGGAUAUAGUUGCAGAGAAUUUUGUUGGCUCCUUAAUGAGUACAGAUUGUGUAUAGCAGCUUUCUCACACAAACUGCUUACUUGUUUUCGAAUAUCUGUUCGACUAGCUGAUUAGGAUUCAUAACUGAAGUGAUUAAAGAGCUGAGCAUGUAGCAAAGGAAGCUUAUCAUCUUAAGAUAAAGUUGCACCUAAGUAGUUGCAACUUUUUGAUACCUUCAGUGCUGCACAUAGUUUGUCUCCACUGUUGUGCUAGCUCUUGUAACUGCAUGAAAUGAUGUGCGUAUGUUUGAACUUCCUUCUUCCCUCCCUUGUGCUUUGCUCUGCUCAUGCCUUUCAAUCUGUCAAAAAUUAUCAGUUGUUGCAAAUAGCUCUGGCAAUAAAUAGACCUGUAUAGUUUCCGUUUUUAUGGAGACUUGAAAAUUUUUAGUGCAGCUAAGCUCGUUAGUUCAGAGCUUGCCUUGCUUCCAUUAUGCUGAAGUACAAGAUCUCAUGGUGAAGAUAAUGUUAAGUCUUUUUUUUAAGUGGUAUGUUUCCUAGUAUGUUUAGACUGGAUUAUUGUGCAACACACCAACAGUAGUAUUCUUGCCCUUUCCAUUCACUGUGAUGGAAUAAGGAGGAUGUAUUGCCUGUAUGCAAGAAUUUAUGAAACCUAGAGAUUGUAGUUUUGCACGGUGUGUUUUUGAAUUGUCAUUAAGUUUUGUGAUACAUUUCUGUUUCUCUUUCUCUUGGUUUUUAUUUGUCAUGGGUUUAUCAUGCACAUGUAAAAGGGAUGGUCUUUUUUUUUUUCAUUUUGCUGUAGCAAGCUAUGAUUACAGGUAGAUUGUAGGGCUUGCGAGUGGUUGUUGAUCACACAGUAAUGUAAUCAUCCUACUUUAUUGCUUGUUUUGCUUGAAUGCAUGAAAACCGUGAUAUUUUACUUUUUUCCCUUGCAUUGCAUAUGCAAUGGUGACAGCUUAGUAAACGUUUGUUUUGAGCUACAUUGUGCCAAACCGUUUCAUUUGCAUUUGCUUUUGCUUCUGGUAUUAUAGCAGUAAACAAUAAAGGGUGUUCGUGCUGAAAUAAA